AUGACAAAAAGGUUGGUUUUCCUUGGAUUCGUAAUCAGUGCAGAAGGAGUUCAUGUAGAUGAUGAGAAAGUCCAAGUGAUACGAGACUGGCCUAGACCUCGGUCAGUAAGUGAAGUUAGAAGUUUCCUCGGUCUAGCUUCAUUCUACAGAAGGUUUAUACAAAAUUACAGUACUAUUGCUGCUCCUAUUUCUGAUUGCCUUCGCAAGGGUGGUUUUCGUUGGGGGGAGAAAGCUGAGCAGAGUUUCACUGAACUCAAGAAAAAACUCACCACAGCACCUGUCCUGGCUCUCCCGGAUUUUUCAAAACCUUUUGAAUUGGAGUGUGAUGCCAGUGGACUUGGUAUUGGGGCAAGCCAGAAGCAUCUCAACAAAAUGCAUGCUCGUUGGGCGGCUUAUCUUGAGCAAUUUACCUUCCUUCUCAAGCAUAAAUCAAGAGCAACCAACCGCGUAGCUGAUGCACUUAGCCGACGCAGAUCCUUACUCGUGGUAAUGCACGGUGAAAUUAUCGGGUUUGAAGUUCCAUUGCUAGUUUAUGAGUUCAUAAAUAAUGGAACGUUGUUAGAGCAUAUCCACAACAAAGACAAAACAUCGGCUCUACCUUGGUCAACUCGUUUAAGAAUAGCUACUGAAACAGCUGAGGUACUCUCUUAUUUGCACUCUGCGGCCUCUCCUUCCAUCAUCCACAGAGAUGUUAAAUAUGUGAAUAUUCUUCUCGAUAACGAUUAUAUUGCCAAGGUAUCUGAUUUCGGUGCGUCGAGAUUAGUCCCUCAAGAUCAAACUCAACUGACAACAAUGGUGCAAGGAACAUUUGGUUAUCUAGAUCCCGAGUACAUGCAAAUCCAUCAUUUGACAGAAAAGAGCGAUGUUUACAGCUUUGGAGUUGUCCUCAUGGAAUUGCUAACGAGUAAGAGGGCGAUAUCCUUUGACGGCCCAGAAUUAGAGAGAAAUAUCUCUCAACAUUUUCUUUCAUUGUUGAAAGGAAAUCAGUUGUUCAAGAUUCUUGAUGGCAACAUUUUAUGCGAAGGAAACACUACUAAGGAGUUGCAAGAGGUUGCCUUACUUGCAAAAAGGUGUUUGAAUUUCAAGGGGGAGGAUAGGCCGACGAUGAAGGAAGUAGCAAUGGAACUAAGUGGAUUGAGGAGAGCAGUAAAACAUCCCUGGGCUAAUAAUUCAUCGACUUCCAUGGAAUCACAGGCUUUAGUUAUGGAGUCAUCAAUUCCCUUGGGAUAUGAUCUUAAUUUUAGUGUAUCAACAACUGGAUAUGAUAGCAUAAAAGAUGAUAUGGAGUUUCCACUAGCUGCUGGAAGAUAA